AUGUCUGUAAAGACAUCACAUACCUGCUCAGCUAUAAAGAUCACUCACCAAUUCACCCGUAAAGACAUUGCCUACCCUUCUAUAAAGACAUCACCUACCAACUAUAAAGACAUCACACACCUACCUACAGGAAGUAUUGAUGAAACUUAUCCGGAUAGACACCAUUAUGAAGAGGAAACUGGAGCUCAAAAAUAUAAAAAUGAAAUUGAAGCUAAAAAAGAUAAAUACAAGGCAUUUACUUAUUACCAAGAAGUUGAUAAGAUCGGAGAGAAAGCUUUGGAUUAUCGAAAAUCUGCUGAAAUAGAACAUGCAGGAGAAACAUUUCAAGCCGACCUUAAAAGUUUAAAUGGAAUAAGCAUGGAAGCAAAUAAAGAAAUCUUUAAAUUGGACGAAGAAUCUGAAAACACCGACGAUAAUGAUGAUAAUGAUGAGAUUUGGCAUCCUUGUAAUGACGAAAUCCCUGAAGAUUGGUUGGGCCCAAACAACCGUAGAAAUACCAAAAAGAAAGUUCUAAUAAGCUGCAAAAAAUUUGCCGAAAUAGGUAGUACUGUUGUGAUCAAAGCUAAAAAAAAUGAACCAAAUGAGCAAUAUAAUCUUGGUCUCUAUUAUCGAAAUAGCACUGGUAUAGCUAAAGAAAAAAUAAAUAACGAGAAGAGUGCCAAGAUUAUUUUUGGAUGGUACAAAAAUCGAAGAAGAUGUGUUAAAGACAAAAGGAGUUACUUUGUUUUACCUCAGUAUCAACUUACUGCUAAAUAUGCUAUUAGUAACAAAGAGUAA